GCUCCGGACACUAAAAUACAACGAUGAAUAGGGAAAGUGGAAAGCUACAUACGACGGCGUUUUAGCUUGCUGUCGUCAUGGCAAUCCUAGGAAAGACAAGUUCUUUACACGUGCUCGUACUCGGAUCGAAUCUUCUCCUCCCUCCUACUCUCUCCGACUCCAGUUUGGAGUGAAUUUUUUUUAUUUUAAAAAUUUUCUUUUAUGGCGUGAAAUUUCCAUUUGGUGAACGAAAAGAAGAAAACACUUGGAUUUGUAGCGCGAAAGCAACCAAAAAAAAAAAAGGGAUAUAGAUUUGUUUGUGUUCGGAAAGCAAGAAAAUUGGACCAAAAAAAAAAGAAAAAAGAAAAAAUGGAAGGUGGAAGCCGCGACUGGGAUUUCUACCUGAGAACCUUAUCCAUGAGUACCAGAGACUCCAAUAUCGCUAAUGAUCCUGCUUCUGAUCCCUCUCUUCUCGCAUCCGUGAAGAGGCUUCAUGAAUUGUGUAAAGCUGAGAAUUCAGAGGAUUUGAUAGCUAGGAUUUAUCCGCAGAUUAACAGGCUGUUUCAACGCUCCGUUGCCUCUCUGUCUCAAUCUCGAACCUCCAAUGGCCUUCUCUUACUGGCCAUCCUUCAAUUUUACCUUGAUUUCGGAGAGUGUGUUCUUCAUGAUGCCGAUCCCAAUCUAAGGACAUUUUUCCGUUCGUGCUUGAGCCGUGAGUUUGCAGAUCCUGUUGUUGCAGAAGCAACCCUCGACUUUCUGAACGUGAACAAAAAGAAACUUAUAACUUCAUUCCCUACCUUGCUGCCUCAGUUCUUUCCAUUGUUGCUAAAGCUGAUUGCAUGGAAUGGAGAAAAAUUAGAGAAGUCAUUUAUGAAGGUUUUACCAGCGUUGAUGUCUCCGGGAUCAUUUCUUCCUCUAUUUCCGUCAUUAGUGGACUUGCCAAUUUUGGUAGUGGCAUUGGAAAAGGUAGAGCGGAGCUCAGGUUCAUUAGUUGGAAACAGCAUAGCUACAAUGCAGAAGAGUACCGCUCCUGAGAUGCUUCUUGCACUCAUGGAUGAAGCUUAUACUGGAUCAACAAUAGGAGAUGGAGGAGGUGACUCUGAAUCUGAGGACAGCGGUACUAUAGAUGUUGCAGAUCCUUUGUUCCUUGACCUUCUAAAGGAUGAAAACGAUGGCCUUGCUGAACGCCACUGGACCUCCCCUGGGAUGACUGCAGCAAUACAGACUGCAAUUAAUACCCCUCAGUCUGAUAGGCUAAAAUAUGUACUCCAUAUGGCACCACGUUUUCUUGAUAUGUAUUUCUCCAUAGCAUUGCGAGAUGUCAAUGAUUCUUUAAUCUGUGCAUUGAUUCCGUUACUUAUGACUAGAAAUUCCACUAUAUUUCCAGACAAAAACUUUUCUUUUGAGGUUCGCAAGAGGCUUUUAGAAUUCAUGCUUGCUGCAUUUCAGCGUUCGCCAAAUUUUAUUGCACUUCUGAAGAAGCCUAUAAUGGACAGGCUUGGGGAAGCUUAUGAUGGCCCUGAAAAGGAAGAGUUGGCCUUACAAUUGUGUUGGGCUAUAGGGGAGCAUGGUGGUGGAGGUGCAUCCCACAAAGAUGCAGCGCGUGAACUUUUCGAGGGUUUAGAACUGCUCUUGUAUGAAAAUCUGUCAUCUAGCCGUCUAGGACUGAGGCAGGAGUCAGCCUUUGGCGCCAGUAGCCAAACCUUUAGAAAGUUGUCACAGUCGAGGCUACUAUGUUUUGUUGUCACAGCUAUUGCAAAGCUGGCUACAUACCACCGUGAAUUACUACCUACGGCACGUGUAUCAUUGGGAAAGGUUGCUCGUUCUCGAAUCUCAGACGUAAGAGUUUGGAGGUGUGCUCGUGAUUAUUUGGGUUUAAUGAAUGAACCUGCAAUGUCUUUGUCUGUGUUGGGGCCUUCACGACCUUCAGAUGGACACACACAGAACCCAGGAACUGUAAAGUGGAGUGAUGGAGCCAAGAAGAUGAUUGCACAUAUUCCAUUUUACAUUCUCGGUGAACAAGAAGGUCCUCCCUUCCAUGAUUUUUCAUUUUCUGAUAUUCUUCCAAGAAGAUAAAAGAAAAAAGUCAAAAGACUGGUAGUUUUGCAGUGUGUUAUCUCUACAGAUUAUAUGAUUCUAAUGAAGUUUUCAAUUACAAAAUUAAGCCAUUCUUUUAUCUGUCACCAGGUAUUCCUUGUUUGUACAAAAUUUCAUCAUAUUUAGAAGCAAAAUACUCAUGCCGUGUAGAAAUGAACAUACUCGAUAAUAAAUAUGAGUGUUUCUUUC